GACAGCGUAGUCGGUCAGUAUAAAACUACAUGUAUUAGAAGGACAAAGUGGUCGAUCCGUCGCGUCGUGCCUGUUGCACCGUCUCCAAACUUCGUAUACAACCAGAAUGGAAAAUCAGCUCAUAAUCGCCCCCACUUUACCCUUGGUUGCUGACAACGGUUCAUCAUUACGGGAAAACGUUUUGAGCAGAUCCGGCUACACUGGCUUCGCCGUGUACCUUGCAGUGGUCAUUUUCUUCAGCGUGUCCGGGAAUGUCACAGUAAUUCUCCUGUACGCUAGCAACAGAUCGCUGCACAACGUGGUCAACAUCCUGCUCCUGAACGUCUCCGUUGCUGAUUUGUCCGUAGCCGUGCUGGGAACACCCGUCUCCUUCGCUGCCAGUGCGGCCGGUCAUUGGUUACUCGGUCCCAUCGGCUGUACCUGGUAUGGAUUCAUCUGUACCUUAUCGGGAUGCGCGCAAAUUGUUGGAAUAGCAGCUGUCUCCUUACAUCGGUAUUUCUUGGUCGUGAAGCCAUUUGUUGCCAAGAGACUGACGACAGGAGGCGCCCUAGUCUGCGUGGGAUUUACUUGGGUCUACUCCCUGGCUGUCGCUCUACCUCCCGUUCUCGGAUGGAGUGAGUUCACACGUGAAGGCGCCGGAAUAUCUUGUUCCGUGAGCUGGCACUCUGGGAGUCGGUCUUACACGUUUUUCAUCUUCACCAUGAUCCUGGCGAUUCCCAUGGCUAUCAUCCUCUUCUCCUACAGCCAAAUACUUUUCACAGUAAAAAAGAUGGCCAAGUGCCAGGUUAGUAACCAGCGGUCAAGGGAGGCAGAGAAGAAAGUCACUAUCAUGAUUAUAGUCAUGGUGCUCACCUUUUUGGUGGCUUGGACCCCUUACGCCGCCCUGUCUUUGUACAUGGCCCUCGGCGGCGAUAGCGUCUCCAUUACACCCCUGACCGCUACCUUGCCAUCAAUGUUCGCCAAAGCAUCGACCACCUACAAUCCUGUUAUUUAUUUUCUUCUUCAUAAAAAGUUCAGAAAAGCUCUCCUUCAGACAUUCUCACGAAGGAAUCGUGACAGGAGCCUUCAUAUCAGCCCGACAGAGAGUAUACUUGCAAGAAAGGUACCAAUCGGAUGUCAAGGCCGCAACAUGUCCACCAACAGCCUAGAAUGGACCAAAGAAUUCAGCUGGCAGGAGCAUGCAUAA